GAUGGAGUUGGAGGUUCAGGAUCUCACCGAUGACAUUGACACUGAAUUUCUGAUCCUGUAUCUGGAGAGUAAGCGCCGCUCUGGGGGGGGUCCAAUCUCCUUUUACAGUCGCAAUGGAUCACAGGCACUGGUCACUUUUGAGAAUCCUUCCGAUGCAGAGAAUGUAUUAUCUAAGGAGAAGCAUUGUGUGGGGUCUCUUCCUAUCCGUGUGAGGCGUCCACUUCCAUGGGACUCUGGGAGAGUAGCUUUGUGUGGUCUUCACCCGGACACUGAAGAGUCUUUGUUAGAAAUAUAUGUGGAGAAUGUAAGUGGCCGAGCAGAGUUCCUCCUAGUUCGCUCUUCAGACCGGAGGAAUGCCCUGGUCACCUUCUGUCAGCCUCUGAGUGAUGAAGAAUUUGACCAUUUAGUAAAAAGCAUUGAGAGGCGGCCUGUGCCCAUGCAUGGAUCCUCCCUGACUGUGCAACGGGUCCGACUCUGCCCUGAUGUCUUGGUGGAGAAUAUUGGAUGUGGAAUUACAGCUGACCUGCUAGAGAUGUAUUUUGAGAGUCGGAGGAGUGGAGGCGGCAGAGUAAACUCUGUGAGGAUGCUCAGAAACAACUCUGCUGCUGUUGUGUCCUUUACCGAUGUCAGUGUGGCCAUGCGGGUUCUCAGCCAGUCACAUUUGCUGCACAACUCCCAGCUGACUGUCUCUUCAUACUAUCCAGCCCUGGUCGGGUCUCCGAGCUCAGAGGUGAUUGGACCACCAGAAGAAAACCACAGCGAGGAUCCAGGGGGGCAGAAGACAGGAGCAGAGGAGGCGCUGAGGGACCCUGUCGUGGCGGAGCAGUGUGAGGAUUGGGGUCCAGCCAUUGGUAACACAUGUGACGUGGUGACUCCUCCUCCUAUGGGGUCUGCACAGGACAUUGAGACAUCACUAGGAUUGGUGCAAGAACACGAGGUUCUAAUGGACUUAUCGGAGCUGCGCUUCAUGCAGGAAUAUCAGCACGAGCUGCUGGCUGGAAUGGACCAGGUGACCAUUGUCCCUCUGGAGGGUCAAGACAAGUGCGGAUUUAGGGUUUCGGGAGAUGCAGUCUCUUGUAAGACGGCGGUUGAGCUUCUUCUUCACAUUGUGUCCUCUCUGUCAUCUCGUACGGUGACGUUCCAGUAUGCGGGGGUCUCACUAUUCCUCCUGGAGGAUGAGGGUCAGCGGAUGGUGCUGGAGACAGAGCAGCAGUACCAGUGCAUCAUUGACACGUCCCGUCUGAGCUGGCGAGCGGUGGGCUGUAAGCCUGCGGACCCCUGGAGCUUUGUACCUAUUCCUGACACUGACUCCUCUUCUGUCCAGUUCUUCAUGGCUGAGGAUUUGUCUGAGGCCGCAGCCCAACAUCCUGCAGACAUAGAGGAUAUAAAGGUGUUUGCUUCUCUUCUGAAGAAUUCACAGAGUGAAGAAGACAAAGAGGAACAUCCGGCCACAACCAUCGAAAGUCACAUAAAACAAGAUGAGGAGCUAGAUCUGUAUACAGAUGCAUCUGCCAAGGGCCCCGAUGAGGGCCCCUCUGGGGAUGAGGAGCUGGAGCAGGCCUGUAAGAUGUCCAAAGAUGAAUACAAAGAUCUGCAACUGGAUGAAGAAGCUCAACUGCUCCUCGCCAUCCAGAUGUCCAUGGACUCCCAGGACACACGAGACGAGGACCAGGACUUACAGAAGGCUCUAGAACUGUCUCUUAGAGAUCAAGUCUUGGAGGAGGCAGAAGAACCUUUACAGAUGGCUCUGGAAAUGUCUUUGAGAAGUCCUUGGGCCUUUGAUGAGAUUUCUCCUAGACUAGAGGACAGUGAUGUUUCUAGAGAUGAGAUGGGCAAAGCUUUAGACACUGCUCAUAUAAAAGUCCUAGCAGGGGAUGAGACCAGCCUGGUGGUGGCCUGUGCGGCCCUAAGGAAGGCAAUGACAGCGAGACUCUGCUCAGUAACUCUGGAUGGGGUAGAAGGUUUCCAGGACAAAGCAGAGAUCCUGUCUGCUCUGGAGAGGAAACACAAGGUGACGAUCGCCGAGUCUGACGGCCAGACACAAAUACACGGAUUCUUACAAAACCCCCUGAAAUGUAAGGAGGAACUGUCCCAGAUCCUGAGCGCCGUCCAUACAGGCUGGAGGUCUCAGGCUGGACUCAUCCCAGUGUCCGAGACAUCAGAGGAGUACAACAGAGUGCUGGAGCCUUUCCUCAGCACCUUACACAACCUGAGACCUGUCACCCAAGUGCUCCAGGUGCAGAAGGUGCAGAAUACUUUACUUUAUAAACAAUACCAGCUAAAAAAGCAAAGCAUGCUGGGACAAUACCCUGGGAUGUCUAUUGAGCGCACUCUGUACCAUGGAACCACAGAAAAUGGCGCCAAGGAGAUCUGUCACAGAGGAUUCAAUCGCAGCUUCUGCGGAAAGAACGCCACUCUGUAUGGUCAUGGUGUAUAUUUCGCUGUUGAAUCUACCAUUUCGGCGAGGGACAUAUAUUCGCCGCCAUCCAGUGAAGGUAACAAGUACAUUUUGGUGGCCCAGGUACUGACUGGAGAGUUUACAGCAGGAAAAGAAGACAUGAAGACUCCUCCCAUUAAGACGGAUACGGUGGGGGAUGUACCACAGCGAUACGACAGCCUGGCGGACCAUCUUCAGGACCCCGCCAUCUUUGUCAUAUUUAAUGAUACACAAGCAUAUCCACAAUACCUUAUUACAUGCUGUAAAAAGAGAGACUGCGAUAAAUAAACGCAGCACAAGAGUGGAAGAGGUGACGCUUAUAAUGGUGACACUGGCUGAAGCGGGGAGCAAGAAGCCGGCCAAGAAUACAGAUUCAUAUACCGGGAGGAUCACGUCAUGAUGAGGAGAGCUUGUGCGCUGGCUUAUAAUGGCCUCCAUCUUGGGUCACUUAACGCCAUCCGAUUAUUUUCACUGUCAGUACCGGAUUUGCAUUUCAUGGGCCUGUGACCUCCAUCUGUCCAGCCCCGUAGUGUCUGCCUGUUAUAACCUAGGUUUAAUAAAGCUUUAAAUAUUGUC